AUGCACGCGAUACCACCGGGUGGGGGGAGUGGCCACCAUACGAGCCGUCACUACCGCAGCAGGUGCCGCUUGGGAGUGCCAGUCUGCAGCUGGGCGUCUUCGGAGGUGGUAACAGUAAGGCACAAACGCUCCGUCUUCAAGCUGAGUUCCGGCCGUGCGCGGGAUGCGGACCUGUUGGGUGCGUUGGCGCACUUCUCCUACUUUGACCGCUGGUCGGACGAGCAGCGGCGGGACUGCUGCCACCGGGCCCACAUCCGCCAGUACGAACCCGACCAGACGGUGUUCGUCGAAGGGCAGGCCCCGGUCAACUAUGCGCACUUCGUGCUGAGCGGCGAAUGCGGGCUGCUGCAGUGUUUGCGGUUAGUGCGGUACCGUGAGCCGCACCGUACCGGCGCGUUCCACUACCGGCUCACCCGGGCCCUCCCGAUCGAGGACGAAAUUACGCGCUUCCACCGGCGCCGGCGUCACCGUCUCACAGCGGAAGAGGUUCCCAAUCCCGGGCAGCAAACAACACCGUCGGCCGAGCACCACUUUUUCGAUCUGGCCACGUACAGCCGCGGCUCGGUGUUCGGUAUCGGGGAGCACAUGGUCGACCGGCUCGUGUUUGCCCGCAGCCGUGUCCAGUGUCUGCUGAUACCGCGCUACUGGUUGCUGGAGAAGCAGCAGAACCGGGGCAACGUUUGGCACCGUAUCCGGAUCUUUCUCGAGCAGCGGCAACCGUCGCGGGACCGGCUGUUCCGGCACUUUCUGCUCGAGCUCCGGUGGCACCGCUAUCGGCGCCAGCUCGUCGACGAUCACGUCGCCGUACACGCGCCCCGCCAUCUACCCCAGCUGCGCGACGUACCACUCGUCUGCCGCAUCGAGGAGUACGAUGUCGAGCCGGAACACGCCACGUAA